UUUGGUGAUAAUAUACUUUUUUACUCUUUGAACAAUUGGAAAAAAGAAAAAAACUCGAGGAAAAAUGUCUGCUUUCGAAAGACUCGAAAAUUAUUUUUAUGUUGAAAAUUAUUAGCUGCACCAAUACUGAUAUAAACUUUAAAAAAUAAUCAGAAGUUUGAAAAUGGAACAAAACAUUCGGACUGAUACAGCUAAAUAAUGCACAUUCAAAUAGUUUCUUUCUGUGAAUCUGAAAGUGCAAGUGCAAAUGGACAUGUCCUUUAGUGUUACGUUGAUUUGAUACGUGUUGUUUGUGAGUAACGACAAUGUCUGAGGAAGAAGACUCAUCGCCUGAUUGGGCAUUGGCUCCAACGAAUAAUGUACCAGUUCUAGGUAUAAAGCGGUUAAAGCAAAUAGAGACGAUGUUCGUCUCUCGCCGCCUCCAAGGGCCCCGGACUCAAGGCCUCAGUGUGGAGACGCUGAUCGAUAUGCUGCUAGUGCUGUACGACGAGUGCUGCAACAGCAGCCUGCGGCGAGAGAAGGCGAUCGCGGACUUUAUACUAUACGGUAUGUUGAGCUGACUAGCAGUGUUGAGGACUCA